GAGCGCGUCUGAUUUUCAAAUCAGUGUGUUGCAGUUUCUUCUGUAACGGUAGAAAAUGUGCUAAACUCGAUAGUGUCCUUAGUUUCAGGUGCCACGACUCCUGUGUAAAAUUAUCGCUGUAUAGUUUCCCUGAUGGCAGACAGAAAGGAGCCCGUCAAGGCCAUUUCCUAUAAAGGCUCAGAUAAGAAGUAUUUUCAGCACUUGAAGCCCCUCUCCAUCUAUUCUCGCAUGGUCUAUUGCAAAGCCUUUGGUUCAUGUUCGGGCAAUCGGUCAUUGAGUCCUGACGAACCUUCUUGGACCUUGACAGUCGAGUUCGGUAACAGCAGGGCGUCUGUUGGACGCAAGAGACGAUUGGAUGAUUCAUGCCUCGAUGAUACGUACGACACCCCACCGAAAAAACCCUGCCUUGACAAACGCUCUUCUCCAGAUUCAGCCUCCGUUUUAGAGUCCUUCGGUACCUUCCGAAAAGUGAAGCUAGUCACCCCACAACCCUCCACCUUAGCACUAGAUCGGAUUAAAAGAGUUGAGAAAACUCUGUCUGAUCAGGAAUCAUUAGGCCUGUCCUGGAUCGAUGGAAGUGAUAAAACUGAUGGUCAGAGCAGUGUGUCAUUUUCUGAUGUUCACUCAAGCAGCCCGGUGAUUUUACACAAGGAAGUCAUCGCGUUUGAUUGUGACGUAGAUGAGAUCAUGUGUCUGAGCCCGAUUGACACUGCUGAUGUCCGCGCCGAUGGACUAGAGGAUUUUAUUCAGAGCUAUCAGUCUUCUUAUGAGGAGCAGCGUCAGGCUGAGAAGAGGUGUAGCUCCAGGCAAAUACAAGGGAAAGCGGAGUGCUCGCUAGGCAGAGACGACCAAACUGGAAGCGAUGAAGGUUAUGUUACUAAAUCAUUUUUCACGCCUGAACCUGGGGAGACAAAAGACACAACAGAAAGCGAGAUCAGUAAAAACGAGGAGUUGAAUUUUACAAAAUCGUAUAAAAUGACGAUCUCAAAUUUGUCGAAUGACAGAUCACCACCUGUGUCCAUCCCAAUCGCAUCCACCCCGUUGGACAAAUCUAGGGAGUUUGUUAGGCGAACUCCAUUAAGUCCUAAGCUAAACUUGGAGAAAGCGAGCUGGUCCUCACCUGCAAUAAUUCGCCAGCCUGUAAAAGACUCCUCGGCCGUUUCCUUAAGCGCGUAUGUGAAUUUGGCCGCUGAUUAUACAGAAGCAUCAACCACAAUCCCCUUCUCGAUUGUUAACGAGGGUAAAGAGGCUAACGUACCUCGUGAAGGCACUACGGCGAUCCACAAGUCGUUAGUGUGCCGCGAUCAGGAGAAUCGCACUGCUAUCCGGGUGAGGGAGGAUGUGCGUUCGGUCAAUCAGCAGCAGGCUGCCUCUGACAUUCAAGUGAUGUUCAGGGAGGAAACGGACUCCGAAGACAGCUUCAACGACUCGCUGCCUCUUCAGGUCCAGGUGAAAUCAAAGGUGGUUUUGCCCAAUAAACAGCAACCAGAAGCAGUCAAAGCACCAGCACACCAACAGCCAGCAUCUGAUGGGCGAAGAAAUGCUUUCAGAGAUGUCCCAAGACCAGUGGUGUUGUACAGAGAGGAGGACUGGGAGAAAAAGAAGGAGGUGUACGUCGACUCCGUGACGAGACACAUAACCGAUAACGUGAAAGAUGGUGUAAUGACUGAGCUUUUUCAUCUCAUGAACACCGUAGCCAAUCAGGAUAGAGCAGGCGAUGGGAGAAAGUGGCAGCACCCGUCCGACCUCACGCGCAGAAACUACCGGUUGCGUAACACUGGCCGCUUGCUCUCGUUGGACGAAUGGCAGAUCCUGAACUUUCGUAACCAUCGGCGCUUUGUUAAAGUGCCUCAGGUGUUCCGGCGAAGCUCUGUGCACUGAGUCUUUACAGCAAAGCAAACGUCGCGCCCUCCCCAGCCCCAAAUCCCUGGUUUUCCUUCUGUGUUCAUGACACUGAACUCGAGCCUCUUUCCAUAUUUAACAUGGACCCAGUGGGGACCUCACGUGGUCUCAUGCACUUCUCUCUGACUUAAUUGUGUAUUUUAAAAAAGUAUGUUGUUUUUUGAAUACUUUGUGUCGUGUGCGUAUGUGUUAGAUUUUAGUUGUUUGUGGUUUGUCACUGAUGUAACAUUUACAAAUUUGCAGCGUUCUCAUAAUAAGAAAUGAAGCGAUUUCCGAUUCUGCCUUUCUUCAGGCAUUUGUGUUGUAAUUUCCCUUCAACUAUAUUUACACAACGCUGUGAAUUUUAUCCCUGUCUUCUAAAGUACGUACCUCUAACAGCCACUUACAGAAGUACCCAGAUCCUGCAAUCUUGUACUUACGUUUGCCUUUGGACUUGCUGGAUCUGUCCCUUGUUAUAUUUUUGUGGAUUCCUGUGUUCUUGUUUGUACAUUUUG